CUAUGGCAUAGUUACCAGUAACCCGUUGAUAAGUGGUACCCUCCGGGCAGAUUACUGAUACAUAGAAGGACUGAGGAAAAUAUAAAUAAUGUAGACCCUGAAAGUUCUUAUGGAAAACAAGUGUUGGGGGUAGUUGCUUGUAAGGGCACAGGGAAAAAGCGUCAGACGCGUUCACCCGGGUGAGGGCGAUCUCACACAAUCCUCCCCGAACCGGUAGGAAGGCAAAAAGAGACGCAGAGCAAUAGAAUCGCCUUAAGACCGUCUCCUGAGGGCAGGCGGUGGCUGAACGGAUUAGGGUAGGCGGUGGCUGAACGGAUAGCGAGACGACCCCGCGUUCAGGAGGACGCGAGUUCAAUCCCCGACCGGUGCCACCAAGCUGGGAUUUUUCAGCCGCCGCCGAGUGGCCUAAAACUACCCACAUGGUGUCCAGGCGCCGGAUGCUCAAAGGGGUGGUAACUUAGCCCCGGAGACGGUUGUAAGUCACGGGUCGCGUCGCAAGUUAGCUCCCCGCUAGGACCGUCCUCCGCAGCGAUGCACAGCGCGGUCGCAGCGGGGUGCUAAGGGUUAGCCCUAUGGUUCAUGAGUGAGGCGGUAGAGGGCCGGCAGCUCACCAGCUGAUGUGAUUGCAACCAAUGGAAAUCACUGAAACAAAGAAGACAGCCAAUCAGGAUCGAGGAAGGUGUUUGUAAACAAACGAUGGAAACUUGGGCAUUUGGUGCGGGGCCGUCUAGCCAGACCACUUGCUACGCUUCCCUACUUCCUUCCAUUCUUCCACCGACUGUUUCAGUGGCAACACCUGACCUCGUAGAGCCCGACCACUCCUCACACCAGUCAUCCGCGCCUCACUUGGCCCAUCCUCAAGAAGACGCAAACAGUGGCGGCCCAGCACAAAAGACACAUUAUUCAGUGGCGGAAGAAAUUGUGCUGGGCUUAAUUCCUGUGGAGGCCAUCAUGGGCCAUCGUGGGAUUCCAAACCCGAACCAAUUGGCACUGACACAGGAAUACCAGGAUGCUGCAACACCUGUAGAGGAGGAGGAGGAGGAAGAGGAGUGGAGGCAGGUGCAGCCCACCACCGAGGUUAUACCAGUGGAUAUGCCUGCGGCCCUUAAUGACCAUUUAUAUGGGGCAUUUAUGGGCACCCCAAGACAGGCAUCAAGGCCCAGGCCCUCAACGACCCACCACCCCUAUGCCCGCCCAGCCAACCACACUCCCACCCGCCCAGCCAGCCACACUCCCACCCGCCCAGCCAGCCACACUCCCACCCGCCCAGCCAGCCACCGGAGAACUGCACAACAUCCUGCACAGGACAUUAACCUACUGGAGCAGAUGUUUGAAGUGCAGAAGACACUCCACACUUCGGUGGAGAGGAUGACCGACAGGCUGGAGCAAGCAAUUGCUCGCGCUGGUUCAGAGAUUGCAGCUGCUAUACGGUGUGCUGCAGGUAAACUGCCACAGUAAUGUGCAUGUUUAUCUGCAGCACCCGCCUGCAGAGACCUCAUGUUUGACAACUUGAGGUCUCUGCAAUGGACCGUAUUGGCUAUCCGGCGGCGACUCGGAGACAAGUACUGUUUUGACUUAACUCAGUUCCUUUUUUCUAUUUCAGAAAAAAAUAAUACUGGCUGUCGUUUGGAGCCAAAUGUGGUACCUGCUGGUAGAAAAAAAAAAGGAUUUACCCUUUGCUGGUCAGAUUUUAAGGCUUGCGUCUGUGUGUG